AUGGACAAGCCUAACCCGUUUAUGAAGGACAAGACAUUGAGGCUGGACCCUUUCUUUUACAAUGAGGAUCCUAUGCGGUGGUUACCAGAGAUCUAUGCGGCUAGUCAUGGAGGCAAUACCAACGGCUAUGUGGAAGGACUGCGAGCCAUGUCGACCCGAAGGCACUUUCCGCUACGAUCGUCCGUGCGUGUUUUGUUGCAGUACUGUGAGUCUGACCGUGGCAAGGAGCAGCUCGAGUUGCUCAGAUCCUUCUCGACAUUUGAGGUAGUGUCUAGUCAUCUGGCCGUGAAUGCUGGGAUACGCUCGGGCUGCCAGUUGAAGUACAAGAUGCAUUCAUCGACGAGUCACAGCGCCAGUCCAGGAACGGCCAGUCGGGAUGACCAAGUCGAUGAUACCUGUGAGAGGUCACCACGUAAAAGGACUCGUAAUGGGGAUGAUGAUGGCGACAGAGAUACAGCUCUUGUUGGGACUCCAGAUCGAUCGUACGCGUACGUCGAGGAUGUGCAAGAUCUGGGCCAAAGUUCAUAUCCGUCGUCGCCAGGAGAGUCGACACUAUCACCACCACCAUCCUUUGACUUUGGCAGGAAUGUUAAUGAAAUGGCAGAUACAUUUUUCAGUGGCGAAGGAUCGUUGCAGGACAUUCUGUUUGGAAGCCUUCAAGACGGUGGUACGUUGCCUGCGUGGGCAAAGGAUCGUCCGGCGUACCAGUUCGAGCUGCGGCUGCAAGACGAAGACUGGGGUCAUCGAGUGACCAAUCUCUACGAACUUGCAAAGACGAGGGCUGUGCUGAACCAUUCCAAUGUGGAUGAAAUUGCGUUGUUAUCAGGAAUAGUACACUUGAACAAGACCCACAUCGGAUUCUCCGAGCAGGAAAUCAAAGCGAUCACGGCCGAUGUCGUGGAGUUGUUUUACAGUCAAGAUAUGAGGGACAACGACCUUCAACGAGCCAAAGAAGCCACGCUUUUGUAG